CACAUAAAAUAUGCUAAUUGCUGUAGGCAAUUUCUUAUAUAAGCCUCUUUCAUUCUUGAAGUUUAAAGUAGUUCUUUGUUAAUCUUUUGCUGAAUAAGUCUAGAAGUUUUAAUCCCUAAUCAUGUUCAAAUAUAUUGCCAUUCUUUUCUUCAUUGGCUUCGUUGCCACCGUUCCAAUCCGUAUUGAUGAUGAAGAAGCAUCAGCAUCAACAUCAACAACAACAGUGAUCCCAGAAAUUUCCAUCAUAAGAUCAGAAUCCAACCAAGAUGCUGAUGGUUCAUACAACUUUGUCUUUGAAUCCAGUGAUGGUAGCUUCAGGGAGGAGAAUGCUCAAGUUAUCAAUGCAGGAACCGAUGAAGAAUCAAUCAAGGUUACAGGAUCAUACAAAUACACCGAUGCCAAUGGUCAGGAAGUUCUUGUGACUUAUACCGCUGAUGAAAAUGGAUUUGUCCCUGUUGGUACAAUUAUCGCCAAGGAAAUCUCUGAUAAUGCCUUGGCUGCUAAGGAUCUACCAAAAGUAGAGAAGGAACCAGCUGCAGAAAAAGAAGAAGAAUCUAAAACUGAAGCAUCAAACUAAAAACCGAGACGAUAAUAAUUUAGUGAUAAAUAAGUGAAAAAUGUUAGAUUUAUGAUUUCUGUGAAAUAAAAUUUAAAAAAUUAA